CGCAAAGGAACUACAGCGUGAGAGCCAGUGGUGAUGACGUCCGUGUAGUUCGGUUUUCCUCGGUUAGCACCACAAGAGACAGCUGUGCUUUAGUGUGUAUCCUCGACGGUCGUGGCUCGUCCUCGUCCAACUGCCAGCAAACAUGAUGAACAUGUGGAAAGUGCGUGAACUCAUGGACAAGGCGACAAACGUCAUGAUGAACUACACUGACACCGAAGCCAAAGUACGCGAAGCGACGAACGACGACGCUUGGGGUCCGACCGGUGCCAUGAUGCAAGAGCUCGCCCAAGCGACCUUCACGUACGAGCAGUUCCCGGAAGUGAUGUCGAUGCUCUGGAAGCGCAUGCUGCAGGAUAACAAGCGCAACUGGCGACGCACCUACAAGUCACUUCUGCUGCUCAACUAUUUGGUCCGUAACGGCUCCGAGCGUGUCGUGACGUCGUCUCGCGAGCACAUCUACGACUUGCGCUCCCUAGAAAAUUACACGUACAUCGACGAUUUCGGCAAGGACCAGGGGAUCAACAUUCGUCACAAGGUGCGCGAACUGAUCGAUUUCGUGCAAGACGACGAAAAGCUGCGCGAGGAACGCAAGAAGGCCAAGAAAAACAAGGACAAGUACAUCGGAAUGUCGAGCGAGGCGAUGGGUGUGCGCGCGGGCUUCGGCGGAGUAAGCAGUGGCAAUCACGAGAGGUGGAUGGAUAAUCCCAAGUGGACGGGAAGUGCUGCCAGAGAAGGCGGCGACGGUUAUAACGAAUGGGAUCGCGGCAGUCCUAGGGCCAAAGGUUUCGAGGAUGCCAACAGCGAUGAUGGCGAGCGAGAAGAUUCAGACAAUGAAACGCGCACAAGUCCAAGGCGAAACCCCAGCACAAUAGCAGGAGUGACAGCGACAGUCGGUGAACGUCGCGAAUAUAGGGACACCGCCGAGACAAUGGAACGAGCACCAAAACCAACGACAUCGCCAACGCCAAAAGCACCUAGGACGAUUAAGAAAGUUGACCUCGGUGCCGCAGCUCAUUAUGGAAAGGAUCAACAGCAGCAGCAGCAGCAACCGUCGAACUUGAUGAGUUCACCGGUAAAACAGCCUGCGCAGAGGAGCAAGAGUGAUAUUUUAAAUGAGAUUUUUGAUAUGCAAAAUGAUAACGGCACAGUAACCAAAGCAGCGGAGGACGAUGACUUCGACCCUCGAGCUGACAAUUACGCUCCAUUGUCACAAUCGAACCAACCAACAUCUGAAUUCGGCGACUUCGCCUCUGCAUUUGGAACCCCACCAAUGGCGCAAGUGAAUAAACCUAAAGAUGAUGAAUUUGCCGAUUUCACUUCAGCCUUCGAUUCUAGUGUUACGAUUUCGCAACCACCAUCUCAACAACAGCAACCACAAGUUUCCCUAUUAGGAGCAACAAUUCCAAAUAUUGGUAAUCCUAUGACAGAUAAUCUGAUGAGUUCGAUCGGCAAUACAGAUUUCGGUGGUGGUAACGAUCUGUUCAAUACCAUGCAGACACAGAGUUUUACCAAUAAGCCACAGAUUACAAAUAAUAGCAACAAUAAUACGACAAAUACAGACUUGCUGUCAGAUCUAACCAGUUUCGCCUCAUCAAUGCCAGCAGCGAACAAUCUAAACAACGCGAACCUCUUCGCUUCCGAGCCUUUCAACAACACAGCUCAUCGGCUGCUGGAUACACUUCGCUGGUUCGUUAGUAACAGAAGUCAAAUAGCUCUGAAGAAAGUACGUGGAGAACUAAAGAAGUACGUCGAAUAUCUGCCAGGAACUUUGACGGAACAGAAGUUGGUGGGAUUAGACGAAGAGGAACGAAAGAUUGACCCGUUGAUGUACAGUCGAGUAUUGGAGACUUUAGUGGAGACUUUCGAUGUCAAUUGGCCGCUGUAUAAUGGAGAGCUUGAUGAUUCUAUUAAGAGAAUUUUCGUUGUAGAAGGCUCGGAUUCGCAGGUAAUGUACGAGUCAUUGUUAGCUCUCACGCAGGCAAUGAAACAAACUGAAUAUCCUAAAGUCAUCGCUGCUGUUGGACGUCUUCUCGAAGAAUUGAUGAAAAGCGAUGCUCUAUUCUCUGCUUUAGUCACGUCCAGUCGCAUCACUGACCUAAGUGACUUUGAGAAAAAUACCGAAGAUGAACUGUGGCAAGCUAUUAUUCAACUCAUAGUGUCAUUGCCGAAUCGAGUAGCGAACAAAAUGCAGAAAAACCUCCCGGAUACAUUCAAGCUCAAAAGUUUUACGAACCUUCUCAGCUUUCACAUAGCUCGAGCGAUACAUUUUCUCAAUGAAAGUAAAGUAAAUGUCGACGGAAGAAUUUUAUCAAUGCUAUUCGGCAAGAUGUUCCUAGUAUUGAGUUCCGAUGAUCUCAAACCACUAGUUGAUAUUAUUGUACUCUGGUGCAAGUCCCGCGUUAGUGAGAUGAGAUCUAUAGUGCAGAGUAUAUUAUUCGGAAUUGAUACACACAGUAUUGAAAAUCUUGCUGUGCAGAUUCUCAAACAUCCAUGUUUCGUUUCUGAAAUUCUCGAAAAUCUAAUCAGGAAUGACAACUGGAGACACACGUUUACUGUGAGAAUACCCCUGAUGACAUGGUACAACGACGAUCGUCUUAUCUAUAACUUGGUGUCCUUGUUACGCAAAGUACAAACGAGUGACGAUCGUCUACUCUUUGAUUUAACUAUAAAAUUGUUGGAUGUUUGGGGUGAUCAAAGUGCACUGAAUCACACGAGUUUCGAUCAACAUCUAUACAUCACGAAAUUAAUUAUUCUGUCGGUGAAACAUAUGGUAGGUCAUCUGUCGCCAAGUGAGAAAAAUGAGAUUCAGAAGCUAUUAUUUUCCGGAAUACCAACGCACUUGGGUUCGACGGAAGUGAAUGUACGUGCAGUUGGUAUGAUUACCGGUGAGAUGCUUACUGAAUUAUUAAUUACGUUAAGCGACGCUGCUAAACUGAAAUUCGAAUAUGAUGGGAUGGAAAAGGAUACGUUACUGCUGGUGAAGGCGUUGAAGAAUAUAGAGGUGCCGGUGUACGAAAAUAGAAUGGAUGAAGAGUUGAUUGUUGGCGAGAUUGAAUUUCCAAAUUUGGGAAACAAGAGAGUUUACGAAUUGGGAAUCGAGUGUGGAAUUCUAAAAAAUCAUGCCAAGCAAGAAACCAAACCUAACAUAACAGAAACAAAAGAACCGUAUAAGAAAAUAGAAAAAGAAGUAUCUCAAUCACCAGUAACACAAGUCGAAGAAGAACUCGACAGUGAUGAUGAUCUCGUGCCAUAUGAUUUAUCGAAUGAUCGGCCUGACAUCGAAAAGUUCAAACCACUAUACCUGCGCGAUCUACGAGAUAAUCUUGUCAAUGCACCAUCAAAUAAUCUAGACGAUCUAAACGUCUUUUCCGAAACACUGAGAGUUAGCGAGGAAUUGAUCAUCGCUCAACUAGGCAAUGAUGACGAGAGUUUUGCAAAAGAGUUGCUAGAGAUAUUUUUGAAUUUACAGGACAGAUACGCGACGGAGGAUUUCGAGGUGCUGACUUUCAAAGCUUGCGUAGCGAUUGUAUCGAUCUACCCACAAGCUUGUGCUAAAUAUUUAUGCCAAGAAUUUCACUCAGAGUUGAGUAAAUAUUCCGUGCAGCAUAGGCUGACCAUGUUAAAUGUACUGUGCGAGGCUGCUAGAAAAUUAUCCGCUGUUGAAAUAAAGGAAGAGGAACAAAAGACAACGAAGAAGACUAAGAAGAAUAUCUCGAAACCUGUAAGUUUGCAUAUCGAAAUUGAUAAGUCGAAGAUAUAUGAAACACUAUACGACGAUGAUUUCGAUGAUCCACUCGAAGCUAUGCAACCAUCCGUCGAUUGGUACGAGAUAAUUCAACAAAGAAUCGACUCGAAAACUCGUCGUUUCGCCCAUGAGACGAAACUUCAAAAAUCAACCGUCAACAAAUUUUACAACCACGUGUCAUCGUUCUUCUUCCCACUCAUUCAUGGAUUCUCCAAGCACUCGUUUCUCUACUCUCUACCAGCAAACUAUCGCGAUCAAGAGAACAUUCUUCUCACAAGAUUUUUAGAAUCGCUAGCAACGAUCAUGGCCUGCGCGCAGAACUGUCCUGUGGCUGUUAAGAUGGCUAAAGAAAUUCUUGAACUCGCCUGGGUUUUAAGAUACCAUGACGAUGCAAAAGUGCGAUUAGCGGUGAUGAAAUGUGUAGCUGCUACGUUACUUAGUAUACCAGAGUAUGAAGUGCAGGGAGAGUUACUUAGUGCUUUUAUGGAGAUCAAAGAAUGGCUUGCAGAUGUUACAAGAGAGACUAUGAAGGGUGAUUGCGACGAAAAUUGCAGAGAAUUGGGAAGACAUGUGAUGUAUCUUGUCGAUUCAAUUCUUCGACGGGCGGUUAAUGAUUUCGUGAAUUGAUUUCAAAGAACUACAAAUAAAAACUAUAACGUUAAGGCGUUGAACCAAUGUAUAUUAUUUUUAUACUUUAUCAUGUGAAAGCGUCGAUUUUUAAAUGUAUAAAAUAAUAAAUAAAUAAUUUUCCCCGCUAACAUGCUGUAUACAUUCGACUAAUAAUCUCACACUUUACACUUACAAAAAAUAUA